AUGGGACUCCAGUCCCGCCUGAGGCCCCUCCCCCGGCGUCUUGUCGCCCUCUCUACCGCUGCCUCUAUCGAUACCUCCACCUCGUCCUCCUUCUCCGCUCCUCCGUCACCGAUCUUCUCUUCCGAUCAAUGCUCAGACGAUGAGGACGAAGACCCGGAAGAUGUCUUUACAGCCUUUAUUUCUCAUCUGUUCCCGGACGACGCUCCCCAGUUCCACGGAGACCCAGGGCAACACCUUCUAUACUCCUCGCCGCGGUACGGCGAGCUAGAGAUCAUGGUCCCUUCUUAUCCGAGCCAGAGCCGGAGCGGAGAACUCUCUCAAACGGUUGCGGAGGGUCUGCCGCGCUCUGACGGUCACGCAAACCCAAUUGAAGAAGGGAGGAAGCUUUUUGCUCACUUCCUUUGGAGCGCGGGUAUCGUUGUUGCAGAAGGAAUCGAGCAGGCUGAUGAGUCUGAGGAUAAGCUGAGCAAUGCGGACUACAAAAUAUGGAAGGUCCAGGGAGAGAAAGUAUUGGAGUUAGGCGCUGGCGCCGGACUCCCUUCCAUAAUCGCUGCCCUAGCCGGCGCCUCACAAGUAACGAUAACGGACCAUCCCUCAUCCCCGGCCUUAGCUGCGAGCGGUGCAUUAAGCUUCAAUGUCAAACGCAACAUUCCCCCAGUCGGCCGCGCAAUUGACAUCUGCCCACACGAAUGGGGCACCACACUCACCUCGGAUCCCUGGGCUCUGUCAAACAAAGGCCUUUAUACACGCAUUAUAGCCGCAGACUGCUACUGGAUGCGAUCACAACACGAGAACCUCGUGCGCACGAUGAAGUGGUUCCUUGCGCCGCAGGGCAGGGUCUGGGUUGUUGCGGGUUUCCACACCGGAAGAGAGAUUGUGGCCGGGUUCUUUGAGACGGCGGUUAGCCUGGGGAUGGAAAUCGAAAGCAUUUACGAGCGCGAUGUGCAUUCGAGCGCCGAGGACGGUGGAGAGGUCAGGAGGGAGUGGGUUGGCGUUAGGGAGGGAGAGGGACCAGAGAAUCGGCGGAGAUGGUGCGUCGUUGCGGUUUUACGGCAUUCUACUUCUGCCUAG